AUGUUAAGAUCAACAUCUGCUCGCGCUCUGCGCCCAAUCAUCGCAAAGAGAGCUUUCAUCUCUGCAAACAGAUUUACUAUCGCUACUGCUGCUGCCCCUGCUCUGACCAGAUGCAUUUCGUCCACAUCCAACAAGAAGUCCAACAGUGCUGCUGCAACCGCCACUGCUCCUUCUGCUUCUCGUCCCGAGCCUGCUCCUUCUUUUAACACUGUCGAGGGUCCUACUGAGGGUGUCCGUGUCAAUACCCCUAACACUGCCAUGGAUGAUUCAUUCAUUGGUCUCACUGGUGGCCAGAUCUUCCACGAAAUGAUGCUUCGCCACAAUGUCGACACCGUCUUCGGUUACUCGGGUGGUGCCAUUCUCCCCGUUUUCGACGGUAUCUACAACUCCCCACACUUCAAGUUCAUCAUGCCCAGACACGAACAAGGUGCUGGCCACAUGGCUGAGGGUUAUGCUAAGGCCACCGGCAAACCUGGUGUUGUCAUCGUCACCUCCGGUCCUGGUGCCACUAACGUCAUCACUCCCAUGCAAGAUGCUCUUUCUGACGGUAUCCCCAUGGUUGUUUUCACUGGCCAGGUUUCCACCGCCGCCAUUGGUACUGAUGCCUUCCAAGAAGCAGACGUUGUCGGUAUCUCCCGCUCUUGCACAAAGUGGAACGUCAUGGUCAAGAAUAUUGCUGAGCUACCCCGCCGCAUCAAUGAGGCCUUUGAAAUCGCCACAUCAGGUCGCCCAGGCCCCGUUCUUGUUGAUCUUCCCAAGGACGUCACUUCGGCUGUUCUUCGUGAUGCCAUCCCCACUGCUUCUACCAUUCCUUCUCAAUCUAUUCAAAACCUGGCUGCUUCCGCCGUUUCUGAAUUCCAGAGCGAAUCCAUCCAGCGUGCUGCCGAACUCAUUAACAAGGCCAAGAAGCCCAUUCUUUACGUUGGUAACGGUAUCAUGAACUCUGAAGAAGGCCCCGUUCUUUUACGCCAGCUCGCCCAAAAGGCCCAAAUCCCCGUCACCACAACUCUUCAUGGUCUGGGUUCUUUUGAUGAAACUGACGACAAGUCUCUCCGCAUGCUUGGUAUGCACGGUGCUGGCUACGCAAACAUGGCCAUGCAAAAUGCUGAUGUUAUCAUUGCCCUCGGUGCUCGCUUUGACGAGCGUGUCACUGGCAACAUUGCCAAGUUUGCUCCCGCUGCUCGUCUUGCUGCUCUUGAAAAGCGCGGUGGUAUCGUCCAUUUUGAAAUUCUUCCUAAAAAUAUCAACAAGGUUGUUCAGGCCACUGAGGCCGUUGAAGGUGAUGUCUCUCAAAACCUUGCCAAACUCCUUCCCCUCAUUGAGACUGUCAAGGAAAGACCCGAGUGGCUCGGCAAGGUUGCUGAGUGGAAGGCCAAGUACCCCUUCGACUAUGAGCGCGAUGUCCCUGGCUCUGGCGAACCCGUCAAGCCCCAAACUGUCAUUACUAAACUUUCUGAGCUCUGCGAGCCCAUUAAGGACAAGGUUAUCAUGACCACUGGUGUCGGCCAACAUCAAAUGUGGGCUGCCCAAUUUUUCAAGUUCAAGUACCCCCGCAGUAUGAUUUCUUCGGGUGGUCUGGGUACCAUGGGUUUUGGUCUCCCCGCUGCUAUUGGUGCCAAGGCUGGUUCCCCUGACGCCAUUGUCAUUGACAUUGAUGGUGACGCUUCCUUCAACAUGACUCUGGCCGAGCUGUCGUGUGCUGUCCAGUAUGGCAUCAAUGUUAAGGCCAUUGUUCUCAACAAUGAAGAGCAAGGUAUGGUUACCCAAUGGCAAUCUCUCUUCUACGAUGAUAGAUAUGCCCACACUCACCAAAAGAACCCUGACUUUAUGAAGCUCGCUGAUGCUAUGGGUCUUAAGGGUAUUCGCAUCCACAACUACGAGGAGCUCGAGGGUGGCUUAAAAGAAAUGCUUGACUACAACCAAGGCCCCGUCCUUGUUGAGGUCAUUGUUGACCAAAAGGUCCCUGUCCUGCCAAUGAUUGCUGCCGGCAAGGGUCUUGAUGAGUUUUUGGUUUACAACAAGGAGGUCGAGCUUGAGCGGAAAAAGCUUCGUCGUGAGAGAGCCGAGCGCAACCGGAAAAAGGCUGAGGCUGCUGCUGCUGCCUGGGAGUCAAGUUCCAACAAAUAA